CUCUCCACACCCGGCGGCGUGGUCCACGACGGUACGUACCGGGGUACACACUUGUAUUAGCGGUCUUGGCGGGUUUAGUGCCGUGUGGGGUUGGCCUUUCUCGCCUUUUCCAAUGCCAAUUCAAACUCUCUUGAGCCGAAUGCCGCAGAUAAGCGAUGCCGAGUCUUAUGGAUUAUGACGCUUUAGCUUAGCUGACUGCUUUGCUUCCUCGUUCUUUAAUCCUUUUUUUGCAGAACGUUGUUAGUCGAUAGCGAAGCAUGAAUUGGCAGAGGUAACGAACGAGUGCAAUUAAAAUGACGAGCCAUUCUGUUGUACUCAGACCACUUGGUACAGUGUCUAAAACCGUUAGUGCUCUGCGAAAGUGCAAACGUCCGGUAGUUUGUACAUUACGGAGUCGAAACUACUCGACACAUCCGCCGAACGCGAGACUCAACCUACCCACCGACUAUUCAACAACAUCACUAUUAGCACAUAGCUCGCAGACUGCCCUAAGCAAUCCAGAGUUGUCGCCCGAAGCUAAGAAUGGCACAGCGAAACGUAUGAACUUCUUCCAGGCCAUUAACGAUGCUCUAUCAAUUGCGCUUGCGGAAGACGAGACCGUUCUGGUAUUUGGUGAGGAUGUUGCCUUCGGAGGAGUGUUUCGCUGUACCAUGAAGUUGGCGGAGAAUUUCGGCGGCGCUCGCGUCUUCAACACACCCCUCACAGAACAAGGUAUUAUGGGAUUCGGCAUUGGGUUGGCAGCCGAGGGUAUGCGACCGGUAGCCGAAAUCCAAUUUGCGGAUUACGUCUAUCCGGCAUUCGAUCAAUUAGUAAAUGAAGCUGCGAAAUAUCGGUAUCGUGAAGGAUUGACUGGGAGACACGCAGGCGGGCUGACAGUAAGGAUGCCGUGCGGAGGGGUAGGCCAUGGAGCACUAUACCAUUCGCAGUCGCCCGAGAGUCUUUUCACCCACAUUCCUGGUCUAAGAGUGAUAAUGCCAAGGUCGCCUUUACAAGCCAAGGGCCUCUUGCUGUCCGCGAUAAGGAGUAAUGAUCCGUGCGUUUUCAUGGAGCCGAAGAUCCUAUAUCGAGCCGCAGUUGAACAAGUGCCAACAAGUCCGUACACUUUACCGCUUUCCAGGGCCGAAGUACUCAAGGAGGGCGAAGAUUUGACUAUUAUCUCGUACGGACAACCGCUCUACACUUGUAACGCGGCGCUUCAAAAGGCAGAGGAAGAUUUGGGAAUCUCAAUAGAACUUAUUGAUUUGCGGACGAUAUAUCCGUGGGAUAAGGAGUGCAUCUUUAAGAGUGUGCGAAAGACGGGGAGAUGCAUGGUGGUCCACGAGUCAAUGGUAAAUGCUGGAGUAGGUGCUGAAGUGGCUGCAGCAAUCCAGGAGGAUCCGGAUACAUUCAUACGAUUGGAAGCUCCGGUGUCGCGAGUGGCUGGAUGGAGUAUCUUCACUCCGUUGAUGUUUGAGAAGUUCAAUAUCCCCGAUGUAGCCAGGGUAUACGAUGGAAUUAAGAAGCUGUUAGAAUAUUGAAAAGACCAAUGCGGCAGGUCCAGAUCAUAGGACGAUCUCUAAAGAAUAGCACAUAGCUGGUAACAGCUAUGCACCCUGUAUAUACCAUAGCGUCGAGACCACAGCAUAGAACUC